CUCUUUGAGUCGUUCCCCUCCCCCACUCCAUUUGAAUGUCGAUGUCACCAGCAGCUCUGCUUACCAACCCGAAAGUGCAGGAGCAAGGCAAGUCCAGCGCAGGAAAUUAUCAAUUAAACAAGCAGACCUGGCCUGUAAAGUGCACGAGGCGCAAAUAGGGUGAAAAACUCCGACGCAGAAACCUUCACGGCGGUUUAGAUCAAGGAGACCUGCAACGCAAAAUGGUGUCUGUAGUCUGAGUGUAUUUGCGCACGCUUUUCCACACCACCUACACUAGCCCUCUCAGAACAUGGCAAGUGGGCACCCCACUGACAAAUUUGCUUUCUUAUACCAACCCGAAAGCGCUCAGAACUUGAAGAGCAAGGGCCGAGAGCCUUCCGGCAUGAAUCCCGUUUACAGUCCGGUGCAGCCGGGCACGGCGUAUGCAAACCCCAAGAGCAUGGCAUACCCAGGCUACUCCACGGGCUACCCUAGUACGGCUCCUGCUUACACGCCAAACAUCUACCAGACGGGCACUCCAGGAUACCCGCCGGGUAAAGCUCGCAGCCAGCCUGCCCAAUCUCAUCCAGUGUCCACAGCAUGCAACCUGCAUGCCGUUCAUUUGUUACAACUGAUCAGACUGUGCUGCCGUCUCUGUCUAUUCGCAACAGGAUACACAACAGGAACUCCUUACAAGGUGCCGCCGGCGCAGUCCAACGGAGCCCCGCCUCCUUACUCCGCGUCGCCCAGCCCCUACUCUACGGCCAUGUAUCCUAUCCGAAGUGCCUACCCCCAACAAAACCUCUUUGCUCAGGGUGCUUACUACUCGCAGCCGAUGUUUGCCCAGCCGCACGUGAUCCACCAUACCACGGUCGUGCAGCCAAACAGCCUGCCAUCGGCCAUCUACCCAGCGCCUGUGCCCACCAACCGCCCCAGCAGUGUGCCCAUGGGCAUGCUUGCAGGUUCCACCAUGGCCAUGUCUGCAGGGCCGCUGCUGACCACGCCGCAGCACACGCAACCCCUCGGCGGUCACCCCGUCACCGUGCCAACAUACAGGCCCCAAGGAACCCCCGGGUACAGCUACGUGCCUCCGCACUGGUAGAGCUCCCAGCCUCCCACACAUCUGGAGUAAAGCAUCGUUCACAGUUCCAGUCUUAUGUGGGUGCAGCAGUGAACACUGGUGCACCAAGUCCUUCCGCAAGUACAUGUACUGAAUG